AGGCUUUAAAGCCUGAGCCCGGCGCUGCUUCUCCAGAUUCUCGGACCUCGGCGACCUCCGGGGAUCCGAGUUUGCAGACUUCUUGUGCGCAGCUAGCCGCCUCAGGUGUUUGAACCAUGAAUCGUUUACUCCUUUUGGCUGUCCUCUGCUUGGGAACAGCCUUAGCUACUCCCAAAUUUGAUCAAACCUUUAGUGCAGAGUGGCACCAGUGGAAGUCCACACACAGAAGACUGUAUGGCACGAAUGAGGAAGAGUGGAGGAGAGCGAUAUGGGAGAAGAACAUGAGAAUGAUCCAGCUGCACAAUGGGGAAUACAGCAACGGGCAGCACGGCUUUUCCAUGGAGAUGAACGCCUUUGGUGACAUGACCAAUGAGGAAUUCAGGCAGGUGGUGAAUGGCUAUCGCCACCAGAAGCACAAGAAGGGGAAGCUUUUUCAGGAACCGCUGAUGCUUCAGAUCCCUAAGUCUGUGGACUGGAGAGAAAAGGGUUGUGUGACUCCUGUGAAGAACCAGGGCCAGUGUGGGUCUUGUUGGGCGUUUAGCGCAGCGGGUUGCCUAGAAGGACAGACUUUCCUUAAGACCGGCAAACUGAUCUCACUGAGUGAACAGAACCUCGUGGACUGUUCUCACCCUCAAGGCAAUCAGGGUUGUAAUGGAGGCCUGAUGGAUUUUGCUUUCCAGUACAUUAAGGAAAAUGGAGGUCUGGACUCAGAGGAAUCUUACCCCUAUGAAGCGAAGGACGGAUCUUGUAAAUACAGAGCCGAGUUCGCUGUGGCUAAUGACACGGGGUUCGUGGAUAUCCCUCAGCAAGAGAAGGCCCUCAUGAAGGCUGUGGCGACUGUGGGGCCUAUUUCUGUUGCUAUGGACGCAAGCCAUCCCUCUCUCCAGUUCUAUAGUUCAGGCAUCUACUAUGAACCCAACUGUAGCAGCAAGAACCUCGACCAUGGGGUUCUGUUGGUGGGCUAUGGCUAUGAAGGAACAGAUUCAAAUAAGAAUAAAUAUUGGCUUGUCAAGAACAGCUGGGGACGUGAAUGGGGUAUGGAUGGCUACAUCAAAAUAGCCAAAGACCGGGACAACCACUGUGGACUUGCCACCGCUGCCAGCUAUCCUAUCGUGAAUUGAUGGGUAGCAGUAAUGAGGACUUAUGGACACUAUGUCCAAAGGAAUUCAGCUUAAAACUGACCAAACCCUUAUUGAGUCAAACAUGGUACUUGAAUCAUUGAGGAUCCAAGUCAUGAUUUGAAUUCUGUUGCCAUUUUUACAUGGGUUAAAUGUUACCACUACUUAAAACUCCUGUUAAAAACAGCUUUAUAAUAUUGAACACUUAGUGCUUAAUUCUGAGUCUGGAAUAUUUGUUUUAUAAAGGUUGUAUAAAACUUUCUUUACCUCUUAAAAAUAAAUUUUAGCUCGGUGUGUGUAUGUGGGACUUCAGUGUGUAAUGUGUUGACAAAUGUUUGGGACUAAAUACUGAUUCAGGGUGUCAUGGUACAGCAAGAAAAAGGUGACAGGUGCUCUGGAGCCUUCUGAUUUCACCUCAGUGACCCAUCAGAUUAGGUAUGUGUAAGUGAAUCUAGCUUGGGAUAAUAAUAACAAAUUAUUGUUUUCUUUUUGUGUGUGUACAUGGUAAAUGUGUGGAGUUCAGAGAACAACUCAGUUCUACAGUGUUGUAGAACUACCUAUGAGGUCCUAGCCGUCAAAAUAAGGUUGUCAGGCUGGGCCACAGGUGUCUUUUACUACUGAGCUAUCUUGCCAGCCCCACUAGUUUUAAGUGACAUGAUUACGUAUGUUUGUAAUAUAAUGUGUUUUGAUAUGAUGUGUAUACUACAAAAUGGUCUGAUAGGGCUAAUAAGCUUACCUCAAAUAUUUAAUUACUUUGUUGAGCUUUUCUAGCUGUUUUUAAAAUACACAGUAUAUUAUUGUUGGAAACUGUCCUGUUACGUAACCCAGGCUGGCCUUAAGCCCAUGAUCUCCCUUCCUCAGCCUUCUAAGGGCUAAGAUAAACAUGUAAUGUUAUACCCAGUCUCAAGUCUUCAUAUCUGGCAAAACUUGACAGUCCAGAAGAACAUGAGUAAAUCGUUCAACACAGGAGUCUCAACUUCCCUAAUUCUGUGACCUUUCAAUAUAGUUCCUCCUGCUGUGACCCAAACCAUAAAAUUAUCUUUGUUACUAAUUUAUAACUAAUAUUGCUACAGUUAUAAAUCAUAAUGUAGUUUUUUUUUUUGGUUUUUGGUUUUUUUUUGGAAAUAGAGGUUUGUCAAAGGAGUCACAGCCGCUGAGAACCACUGUUCUAGAAACUUGCAGGUUUUACAUAUUAGGCUGACUGGAAGGAGGUUGAAGUGCUGGUUUCAGUAGUGCCUGUCCACAUUGCCGGUGAAGACCACAAUCCUGCUAUUUAGUUCUAGAAAGGGCCAUACACAGGUGGGCUGUAGGCUGGCAUUAUUUCCAAGUGGCCUGGGAAACCUCAUGCUACCCAGGAAUGGCAUAUAUAUAUAUAUAUAUUGAGCAGUUGUGAUUAACUUCCCAGGUGAUGACAAUACUGGAGAUGGAGAUGGGCAUGCCCCAGAGGUAGAAUGAUCCGGGCAUGGGCGUAGCCAGCCUUGAAAAUGUCAAUGAUGGGUUCUUUUCAAAAUGUCAGGGUUCUUUUCAAAACUGAAUUUUUACAAGGGAGUUCAUAGAUGGACCUUGAUGGAAACUGACUACCAGAAAAGACUCGAUCACUCUGCCAUGUUAGGGUCAGUAAACAAAUACCACAAAAUAAAUGCACUUCAGCAUUUCAAUUA